GAUGCCUCAGUUGCUGCGAAACAUCACUGGGAUCAUCGAAGCCUUUGGGCGCUACGCCAGGACCGAGGGCGCCUGCCAGGUGCUCACCCGGGGGGAGCUGAAGCGGCUCGUGGAGCGGGAGUUUGCUGACGUCAUCGUGAAGCCCCAUGAUCCGGCCACCGUGGAUGAAGUCCUGCGCCUGCUGGAUGAAGACGACACAGGGACUGUGGACUUCAAGGAAUUCUUGGUCUUGGUGUUCAGAGUCGCCCAGGCCUGUUUCAAGACCCUGAGUGAGAGUCCUGAGGGAGCUUGUGGAUCUCAAGAGUCUGGAAGCCGCCCCUCUGCGGCCUCACAAGAGCCAGGGGAAGGACAGAGAGGUGGCACUGAGGUGGGGACGGCUGGGAAAGGACAGGACCAGGCAGGGAGCCACGGUGCACAGAGUGAGCAGGCUUCCACGGGGCAAAGUGGGCCUGGGCCUCAGACCCAGGGUCAGGACAUCAGCUCUGCUCAGGUCAGUCACCAGGACAGGCAGUCUGAGUCUCAGAGACGGGAGGGAGCCAGCCAGCUGACACAAGCAAGGGACCACGUGGAGCAGACCCAGAGAGUGCGAGAAGACAAGAGUCCUCAGGCCAGAGAAAGCAGGGCGGAGAGGCAGUUGCAGACCAGGGAACAGGACAGAGCCCACCUGACAAGUGAGACCAUCAUUGGAACUUUAACUCAGACCCAGACAGGUGCCACCCAGACUGUGGAGCAGGACAGGAGCCAUCAGAUGGGAAGCACCAGCACCCAGUCAUGGGAGCCCAUCUGUGGCCAAACCAGAGGGACUGAGACCCAUGGUCAAGACAGGAGUCAGACCAGCCAAGUGGUGACAGGAGGACAUGUUCAGACCCAGACAGGUGCCACCCAGACUGUGGAGCAGGACAGGAGCCAUCAGAUGGGAAGCACCAGCACCCAGUCAUGGGAGUCCACCUGUGGCCAAACCAGAGGGACUGAGACCCAUGGUCAAGACAGGAGUCAGAUCAGCCAAGUGGUGACAGGAGGACACAUUCAGACCCCACCAGGGUCACAAACCCAGACACACACCCAGACCGUGGAGCAGGACAGGAGCCAUCAGACAGGAAGUACCGCCCUCCAGCCACAGGAGCCCACCUGUGGUCAGACUAGAGGGACUGAGAUUCACAGUCAAGACAGAAGCCAGACAAGCCAAGUGGUGACAGGAGGACACAUUCAGACACAGGCAGGGUCACAAACCCAGACACACAGCCAGAUUGUGGAGCAGAAUAGGGGCCAUCAAAAAGGGAGCACCGGCACUCAGCCAUGGGAGUCCACCUGUGGCCAGACCAGAGGGAUUGAGACCCAUGGUCAAGACAGGAGUCAGACCAGCCAAGUGGUGACAGGAGGACAUGUUCAGACACAGGGAGGUGCCACCCAGACUCUGGAGCAGGACAGGAGCCAUCAGAUGGGAAGCACCAGCACCCAGUCAUGGGAGUCCACCUGUGGCCAAACCAGAGGGACUGAGACCCAUGGUCAAGACAGGAGUCAGAUCAGCCAAGUGGUGACAGGAGGACACAUUCAGACCCCACCAGGGUCACAAACCCAGACACACACCCAGACCGUGGAGCAGGACAGGAGCCAUCAGACAGGAAGUACCGCCCUCCAGCCACAGGAGCCCACCUGUGGUCAGACUAGAGGGACUGAGAUUCACAGUCAAGACAGAAGCCAGACAAGCCAAGUGGUGACAGGAGGACACAUUCAGACACAGGCAGGGUCACAAACCCAGACACACAGCCAGAUUGUGGAGCAGAAUAGGGGCCAUCAAAAAGGGAGCACUGGCACUCAGCCAUGGGAGUCCACCUGUGGCCAGACCAGAGGGAUUGAGACCCAUGGUCAAGACAGGAGUCAGACCAGCCAAGUGGUGAUAGGAGGACAUGUUCAGACACAGGGAGGUGCCACCCAGACUGUGCAGCAGGACAGGAGCCAGACUGCAAGCCACACAGGGGCUGGAGAGCAGGGACAGACCCAGCGGCAGUCAGGCAGUGGUCCAAGACACACACAAGUGAGCAGUUACGAGGCAGGAGAGACAGAGCUGGGAGGACAGGCCCAGACCGAGCCGAGCACUGUGACCAGCAGACAGGACUGGAGCAGCGCCUGCCCAACGCACAGUGUGGCCAGGGGGCCGGGAGAGAGGGAGCCCACUGUGGUGAGACAGGAGUGGGUUGAUGACCACGCGAGGGAGACAGUGAUCCGAAGGCAGGACCAGGGCAGCCUGCACACCAGUGUGCCUGCGGCACAAGGCCAGGAGGCCGCCCAGCAGGGAGGGAAGCGCAGCCUCACAGCCAAGGGGCUCUACUCCUACUUCAAAAGCAGCAUGCUGUGAGCGUCCCAGCCCUGCUCCAGUGCGCAGUCCUGGGAGAGUGGAGAGCGGCUGGCCUGUCGCACCCUGGCCAGUCCAGUCAGCGUGUCCCUGGACAUUAGGUCUUAACUGUGGUGCUCCUCUCUUAGGUCUUUCUCAGUGAGACCAUUUUUGCAAGGGGCCUAAACUCCCCUCUCUUACCUGCUUUGCUGUGCAGACCCUCUCAGGAGCAAGAAGACAUGGAACAAGUCAUCUCUUUGUGCCAAUUUUUCCUCAGCUUGUGGAGGUUUUCAGAGCUUUCAGGUUUAUCUCUGCCAUCUGCCCAUUGCCCUGUCUAUCCUAAUGCAUCAAUAAAACCUCCCUGAGCAACUGGGCUCUGUGUCCCGUUCAGGCACUGCUGACAUGAUGGGCUAAGGGCUACAGGGUUUUGAUGAUGAACUGGACAUAGUCCCCACCCUUGAAGAGCAUCUGGUUGAGAAGACGUUGUGCAAGGUUCUAAGAGUUGUAAGAGUCAAAGGGAGGAGAGAUCAUACUCUUAUACUUGGCAGAGAUGGAUUCGGAAAGGUUUCAACCAGAAGAGGCUUUUUCCCCUUGUAAAUGCCCUUAAAGGACAAGCAGGAAUUAGGGAGG